UUUUACGACAAACACUCGCUUUAUGGUAGUCACCUUGUCAGAAAAAUGGAAAAUUCACAUCUUUCUUCUCAUGAUAAAGACGUUUUAACGAGGAUUUUCAAUCCAAGUUUGCCUUAUGGUGACACUGUUGAGGAAGGUGUUCAAUUAGAACAAAAUUUAGAAGUAGAGACAGAUGAGGUAAAGGAAGCUAAAAGACUUGAGGUUGAAGGUGUUAAGGCAGCAGAAUCUGGCAAUGUUGACAAGGCACUGGAAUUGUUGAACCAGGCUGUAUCCACGGCACCAGAACAUGCUUCUUGUUAUAACAACAGGGCACAGGCAUUGAGACUCCACGGAGAUGUGUCAGGUGCUCUGCAGGACCUGAAUAAAGCUAUAGAGCUGAGUAGAGGUCAAGGGAAGGUUGCCUGUCAAGCCUAUACUCAAAGGGGACUGAUCAAACGCCUUGAAGAUGAUGAAGAUGGGUGUAAGGAAGAUCUCAGGAAUGCGGCAAAUCUUGGUGGACAGUUUGCCAAACAGCUUCUUGUAACAAUGAAUCCAUACGCUGCUCUGUGUAACCAGAUGCUUAGUGAAGUUAUUGGAAAAUUGAGGAGUGGAGAGGGAGAGCUGCCGAUGGAAUAAAUCUGCUUCAUGAAUCUCCUUUAUUCUUUGACCACAAGAGAUAAAUAGUGCUAUUGACUGUUCUGUGACUGGUCACCAGCUCUAGAAUGUGAUUGGUUGAUGAUGAGCUCAGCCUUGAGGUUGACCUAUAACAAGUCUGUAUUUUAAAACUGAUUUCUAAGCAUAAAAUGAGAUAUAUUUCAAUUGAAUAAAAGUUAAUUAUAUUGAGAUAUGAAUGUUUUUCAAUUCUAAAUAUUAAGAAUGUUUAGAUAAUCAUAGAAAUUAGUUAAAGUAAAACCUCCUUUGUAAAAAAAUAGCUGGUCUAUUUGCCUUAAAAAAGGCUACAUUUUGUUUUGUGAUAAAGAUACACGAAAUUAAAAAUUUUGAGUAUUUUAUUAAAAUCUACAUAUAUUUCUAUACCCCACCUUGAAAAAGGGGAAUAUUGCUUUGCUCAUUGUCUGUUGGUUGCUGUACUUUUGGGCCUUCAGUGGUCAAACCUCAUAGGAUGAUUGCCUUGGGUCCCCAAUUAUUUUUGUUGUUAAAUGGUCAUAGGUCAAGGUCAUGAUGACCUUGACAUUAAACUUUGUUUUGGAAUGCUGUGGCCUAUAAUCUUCAAACUUCAACUGAAAACUGCUUUGCCCAAUAAGUUAAGGACCUGGUCUGCCGCCUUCGAGCUACAUAGGGUGAUUUUUUGUGGUAGGUAAAUGAUCCUUAAUGUUUAUUGGUCAAGGUCACAUUUAUAUUGAGACUAAAGUAGGUGCUAAAGAAUUAUUGUGCCUACUGCUGUUUAACUUCCAAGCAUUAUUGCCUUUGGUUAACAGGUGACACCUUAUGUUUUGAGGUCAAAGGCAAAAGUCACAGUGGCUUUGAAACAGUCAAAGUGUGAGGCACUUUUAGACAUAAAAGUCAUUAAAUCUUUCAAGAUGGAUGCCUGUGGUGAUAUGACCCGUUAUUUUUUUGUACCCCCCGACAACAAAGUUGUAAGGGGGGGGUAUACUGGUUUCAGGUUGUCUGUCCGUCUGUCCGUAGACGCAAUCUUGUGUGCACCAUCUCUCCUUAUCCCCUUGACAGAAUUUAAUGAAACUUCACACAAGUGAUCAGUACCAACAGUUGUUGUGCAUGGGGCAUGUGAGGUUCUUUUAAAAAAAAAAUUUGCAGAGUUAUGGGACUUUGUUUUUUUGUUACUAUACUAUAUACAUAGACACAAUCUUGUGCGCACCAUCUCUCCUCAUCCCCUUGACACAAUUUAAUGAAACUUCACACAAGUGAUCAGUACCAACAGUAGUUGUGCAUGGGGCAUGUUAGGUUCUUUUAGAAAAAAAAUUUGCAGAGUUAUGGGACUUUGUUUUUUUGUUACUAUACUAUAUACAUAAACACAAUCUUGUGCGCACCAUCUCUCCUUAUCCCCUUGACACAGUUUAAUGAAACUUCACACAAGUGAUCAGUAACAACAGUAGUUGUGCAUGGGGCAUGUUAGGUUCUUUCAGCGACAAAAAUUGCAGAGUUAUGGGACUUUGUUUCUUGUUAACAUACUAUGUACAUACAGUCUGCAUAUGCAAUCUUGUGCGUGCCUAAUCUACCAAACCCUUACACACAAUUUAAUGAAACUUCACACAAGUGAUCAGUACCAACCCUAGUUGUGCAUGGUGCAUGUUACAUUUUUUUAGAUAAAUAUUCUGCAUAGUUAUGGGACUUUGUUUUUUGUUACUAUACUGUAUACAUACAGUCUAUAUACAUACAGUUCACAUAAUUAUGCAGUCUUGUGUGCGUCAAAUUGCAAUGUACUGUGUCAGUGCAUGCGGGGGGUACAUUCAUCACCUUUAGUGAUAGCUCUAGUUUUGGUCAGUACCUCAAGGGUCAUAGUGUGCUCGCGAUCGAAAAACAGAUUCUGAUCAAUAAUUAGAGAAUGCUCAGGCCUUUAUAAAUCAUAGAAAGACUACAUGUAGUCAGUAGCUUAAUUGUUUUGGAGGUCAUCAGUCAAUGGUCAAAGCAUGCUAUACUACAUACCCAGUUGCCUCAGAUAGGCUUUCAUGGGGGUGGGGGCAUAUGUGUUUCACAAACAGCUUUUGUUAUCUUUUGUUUUAUAGGACCAUUCUCUCUCUUAGAUACAUGCCAGCAUUCUAAAUAGUCACAAUGAUAUUUGUGGCCUUUGUGUAUUUUUCUUUGUUGUAUAUAAUAUCCAUUUGGUAUGUGUUUGGUGCUUUGUAGUUCUGGCCAGUUUUGCAGUUUAAAAAAAAUUGAAAAGAAUAAACCUCAGCAAGGGAUUGCACCCACAACAUAGGUUGACAAGUGGUUCUGAUACAUUUACCAUAUUUCAAAAUGAAAUGUCAUCGAAACAUCAUUUGUAUACUGCAUGUAAAUGAACAUUGUUUAGAAUGCAAAAUUAGACUUGAAGUGUUUAUAUACUAAGUACAAGUCCAAAUCCUUUAAAAAAUAGAAUGAUCUGAAUUGUGAAAUCUCAGACUUUCAUUGAAAUUGUCAGUUGAUAUUAAUCUGUGUUAAAUUACAUGUAUAUAACAUUGCUCAGAUGUGUAUUUUGUCUUCCAGAUGUUGCUUGUAACUUUGACUAAUAGUGUUUACUAUAGGACAGAUGUUGUUGACCAGUAGUGUUUACUAUAGGACAGAUGUUGCUUGUAACUUUGACCAGUAGUGUUUACUAUAGGACAGAUGUUGCUUGUAACUUUGACCAGUAGUGUUUACUAUAGGACAGAUGUGUUAUGUUAAACAAUGUACUCAUUAAUAUUCAUGCAAGCUCAGACUUUUCUUAGUAAAGGAAGAUUUAAAUUAUAUAAAUAUGAUAUACCGGUAGUUAAAAUGAUUAGCCGUAAUGAAUGAAAAGUUUACUAAUCGAAAAGAAUACUUACUGAAAAGUCUAAUUGAAAAGUAUACUAAUUGAAAAGUAUACUCAUUACAGAUUUUUUUUAGCAAUAACAUUUAAAUUAGCAAAGGGCUAUGUAGGAUUUGCAUAGGAAAUUGGUCCCGAAUUUUCGGAAAUUUAAGAAGUCAAUGACAGUAUGUAAAAAUGACUUGUUUUUAUUACAUUGAUGUCUAAUAAAAAUGGCUACACAAAGCUGAAAAAAAUCAGUUAAAGUAACACAAAUCUUAUCUGAAUCAGCAUGGGUAUCAGCAUUUUCAGUAAUUUUACACCAAAAAUCGGACUUUCGUCUUCAAAAUUUGUUUUUAGGGAGCCCUCCCCCCACAAAAUAUUUAAACAUCGGGGUACAUUUUAUGUAUAUUUUUGGUAAAUACAUGCAUUUUGGUAAAAAAUGGCAUAUACUUUGUCAUCAUUUUGGUGGGGGCCAAAAUCAGCCCAAAUCCUACGUAGCCCUUUAGUAGUUUUAUCCUCAUUCAUGUUAUGAAGUUUUUCCAAUUCAACUUGAAAUGCAUUCUGUAAUGGUGAUGUCCAUCUGUCUGUUCAUCAGAAGUUACUUUCUUACUAUGAAUGCAAAUAGAGAAAUAAUUUUUGGCGAGGUGUAUUGUGAAGGUGGAGUUUAAGCAACAUUUUUUCUUGCAUUUAUUUUUGGAGUGCAAUUGUGUAACAAGGAUCUUUUUACAUUGCUUCCAUUAAGAUGUAUUUCUGAGUUAUGGCCCUUUAUACUGAAUAUUUCUGCAGACAACACUAUGAACAUUUGUGAAGGUUUAUGUCAUACAAGCUUAAAAUGCUAAGCUGGCAUCGCUCUUGUCAUGUCCUUGAAAUUAUACCAAUUUUGAAAAGAAAAGGCAGGGAAAACAGUAGGAAAUUAUUUGAAUUUAGUCUUUGGUCAAACUUCUUUUAUGUAAAUGAGAAAAUGAGUAAAGUUUAGAAAACAAACUUGUUUAAGUGUAAGUACAUGUACAAAACAGUAUUGACUGCAAAAUCAAGUUUGUUUUUUUCCCUUAUCAUGCUGUACAUGAUUGAUUCUGCCUUUGCGACCAGUGUAGAUCUUGAUCAGCCUGCACAUCCAUGCAGUCUGAUCAAGAUAUGCAAUAUUCGCUAUUCAGUCAGUAUUUUUCAUGGUAAGCACCCUUUAUAACAGUUAAUGGUACUGUCCAAAUUGAAAGAUGGAAAUGUUCAUUAUAGAAGUUUAGCAGGGUAAGGGUUAUAGUCAGUAAUGUUUUAUAGUCAGUAGUAAAUUGAAAUAUUUAGGUAAAAGAGUAUGAUACAUUCCUAGUCAGUUAAUAUGUCAAAGUGAUCUCGAUAACAGAGAUUUCUUUUUUGUUAUGUUUUGUCAGUUGAUAGUUUUCCCUUAUAAUGUGUAUUUUGUUUUAAUAUAAGUUACCACAGCAUACAGGAAAGGCGUGAAUUAAGAUAUAUGCCCUUAUCUCAUUAUUCCGAGCCCCUUAACUGGUAUUUCAGUUCUUGUCGGCAACAGUUUUAAGUUUCAGAAGAGUUUUUUCUAUUAUUUGGUACACCAACAACUAAACUUAAAAAAUCCUCAUGAAGAAAAAUUAUAAGGAUUGUUGUCAAUGAAUAAUCCAAGCUUUCACAUGUUGACCCUCAUCUCGUUGAACCGAGACUUGUGAUCAUUUGUACCAGCUCUCGAAAACUAAAGCUGUUUUUGAAAAAGUUAUUGUUUUAAAAUUAAGAACAGAUAUAUUAUUGUGUUUGCAGACAAAAAAGUUUUACAAUAAGUGCUUUCUGUUUUCUGUAAAAAGGUUAUAUAUUACCCCAGUGAUUUUAGAUAAGCAAAUUUUGAGCCAAAAUUUUCUGUUGUAUAUAUUUCUAUUUUAAUGUGAGUUACCUUUUUGUUUAACUGUCAUAUGAUUUGUCACAACAUACAUAAAAUUUAGAAGCAGGAAAUAGCUGCAAGUGCAAAUUUUCCAAAGGCUUGGAAGGCUCAGAAUUACGAGAAAGAGGCAUAUUCAUUUCUUUGAAAGUGGAAUUUUUGGAUAUUAUGGAAAUUUUUUCAACUUUUCAUACUCUUUGAAGGAAUGCUUUCAAAGUUGCUCAGGUGAAGGACCUUUAUAUGAAAUUGUGUGGUAUGUGGGGGCAUCCGUGUUCUAUGGACAAAAUUCUAGUUGAAUAGUAAAACAAAUAUCACAAACAUCUGAGUAUGUUGGCAGAUAUUUCAAACACUUGAAGAAAAACAACCUCUGCAAUCCCCUUGAUUUACAUUAUACAUUUCUCAGAUUCACAAUAUCUGCCAACUUACUCUAGUAUAUGUGAUAUUUAUAUAACACAAACAGCAGUUUUACUAUGUACCCAUUUGAAUAUAACCCAACUAUUUCUUAAAAUGCGGAAGUGUCAGUUGCAAAUUCGUUAUUAAAUCAGGAAUAAAAUUGAUACUAGAAAUAUCCAUUCUACACUUUAUUGUAUUUUUUCACAGAAGGUUACUGAUGAUAAGAGGGUUUUUUUGUGAAUUGUUGGUAUAGCUUUAAAAUACACAACAUGUACUGUUUAUUAUUAAAGAAUGCCAUUGUAUAUACAUGUUGAAAUUCAAAACAUGUGUUACUAAAAUUAUAUUUGAAUGUGUUAUUGAGUGUUCCAUGUGCUUUAAUUUUGUAAAAUAAAUGUAACAAACAUUU